AUGUACGAACCAUCACAUUUGCAAAUUGGUUCAGGCAUUUCCACUACAGAUAUUGAGUAUCCAGCAUGGUGUCAGAAUGAUGAAGUUCCAGUGACAAAAAAUGAAAUUAAGGAGAUAUUUAAUGAGCUGCAGAAGAAAUUCGGUUUCCAAAAAUCUUCAGCAGAAAAUAUGUUCCAUCAUUUAUUGGCACAACUGGACUCUAGAGCAAGCAGGACUACUCCCCAUAAUGCACUGAUCUCGUUACAUGUUUCAUAUAUUGGCGGUGAAAAUUCCAAUUUUAAAAAGUGGUAUUUUGCAGCUCAAUUGGAUCUAGAUGAAGAGAUUGGUUUUCAAAAUAUGAAAUUAAAAGGUAGUUCAUUACAAAGAAAUAAAAAAAUCGCUAAAAAAAAUGGUGUGUCAAUAAAGACACAACUUAAAGAAUGGAAAUUAAAAGAACAAGAUUUUAUUAAAAACCAUCAAUUUUUCACUCUCACAACAGAACAAUUAAAGAAUAAUAAAAAUUUUAAAACAGAAGAUUACAAAUGGAAAUUAAAAAUGAAAUCUUUAACUUUUAAUCAAAUGGCGAGACAAAUAAUUUUAUAUUUGUUAUGUUGGGGUGAAGCUAAUCAAGUAAGAUUUGCUCCGGAAUGUCUUUGUUUCAUUUUUAAAUGUGCAUUGGAUUAUGAUCAAGCCAAUGAAGAAGACCAACAGCAGAUUACAAAAUACGAUGAAUUGGAUGAGUACUAUUUUCUGGAUAAUAUAAUUACACCAAUUUAUCUUUUCCUGAAAAAACAGUUGUACAAAAAAAGUUCAGAUGGCACUUGGAAAAGGAAAGAACAAGAUCAUAAAGAUAUAAUAGGUUACGAUGAUGUUAAUCAAUUAUUCUGGUACCCUGAAGGUAUAGAAAAAAUUGUAUUAAAAAAUUCAGAGAGAUUAGUUGAUAAACCAAUACAAAAAAGAUAUCAUUUAUUGAAAGAAGUUGAAUGGGAAAAAGUUUUCUAUAAAACUUAUAGAGAAUCAAGAAGUUGGUUACAUUGUUUUACAAAUUUUAACCGUUUUUGGAUUAUUCAUUUUUCAACGUUUUGGUAUUUUACGUCAUUUAACUCACCAUUAUUUUAUACAAAAAAUUAUGUUCAAUUAUUGAAUAAUCAGCCAACCCCACAAUCACGAUUGUCGGUCAUCGCUCUUGGUGGCGCAAUUGCUUGUAUAAUACAAUUGAUUGCUACUAUCUGUGAAUGGACAUUUGUCCCAAGAGAAUGGCCAGGAGCUCAACAUCUGAGCUUACGUUUCUUUGGAUUGUUAGUAUGUUUUAUCGUUAAUGUUGCACCUUCGGUAUAUAUUUUCUGGAAUUACGAAUUAGAUGUUUAUUCAAAAAGUGCAUUUAUUAUAUCUAUUAUUCAAUUAAUAAUUAGUUUCAUUACAACCGCUUUCUUCAGCAUUCGUCCGCUUGGCGGUCUUUUUGGUUCAUAUUUAAAAAGCGGUAAAAAAAAAAGACGGUAUACUUCAUCGCAAACCUUUACAGGAUCAUUCGUAAAGUUGUCUGGAAGAAGCAAAUGGUUUUCCUAUGGGUUAUGGUUUUUUGUUUUUUUAUUUAAAUUUAUUGAAUCAUACUUUUUUUUAACUUUAUCAUUAAGGGAUCCCAUUAGAGUACUCUACAUUAUGGACAUAUCAAGAUGUAAUGGUGAUAUGUUAUUGGGAACGUAUCUAUGCAAAUAUCAAUCAAGAAUUACACUUUUCUUAAUGAUUUUAACAGAUCUAGGUUUAUUUUUUUUGGACACAUAUUUAUGGUACAUCAUUUGCAAUUGUGUUUUUUCUAUUAUAUUAUCAUUCUCCUUAGGAACUUCGAUUUUAACGCCAUGGAAAAAUAUAUAUUCGCGUCUGCCUAAAAGAAUAUAUUCAAAAUUAUUAGCGACGUCAGAAAUUGAUGCUAAACAAAAACCAAAAUUAUUAAUUUCUCAGAUAUGGAAUUCAAUUAUAAUAUCUAUGUACAGAGAACACUUAAUAUCAAUCGAGCAUGUCAAAAGAUUACUAUAUCAACAAGUUGAUGCUGCCAUUUUAGAUAAAAGGGUUUUAAAGUCGCCUACAUUUUUUGUGGCGCAAGAUGAUUCAACGUUUAAAUCCAUGGAAUUUUUUUUUAGCGAUUCAGAAGCACAAAGAAGGAUUUCAUUUUUUGCACAAUCUUUAUCAACCCCCAUUUCAGAGCCACUCCCUGUCGAAUGUAUGCCGACCUUCACUGUUCUGGUGCCACAUUAUUCAGAAACUAUAUUAUUGUCUCUACAAGAAAUUAUAAGGGAAGAAUCCUCAAAGACAAAAAUAUCAACAUUGGAAUAUUUAAAGCACCUUUAUAGUGAAGAAUGGGACUGUUUUAUAAAGGAUACAAAAUUAUUAAAAAUGGAAAAAGAUGCGUUAAAAUCAAACGAAAAGAAUAAAACAAUCGAUACAGAUAAAGAGUUUGAAGUUGAUGAUGAAAAUUAUGAAUUUUAUUUUGAUAAACUAAUUGAAAAAAAGAUAAGUGACCUACCUUAUGAGCUAUUUGGAUUUUCUUCAUCUGAAGCAUUUUAUACUCUACGAACAAGAAUUUGGGCAUCUCUGAGAACUCAAACUUUAUAUAGAACCAUAUCUGGUUUCAUGAAUUUUAAUAAGGCAAUAAAAUUAUUAUAUAAAGUUGAAAACCCUUCUCUGCUUCAAAUCUAUUCAAAUAAUCAAGAAUCACUGGAUUUCGAGUUAGAACAAAUGGCUACUCGUAAAUUUAGAAUGGUGAUUGCGAUGCAAAGAUAUGCAAAAUUUACCGAAUAUGAAAAGGAAAGCACAGAAAUUCUUCUGAAGGCUUUUCCAAAUAUGUAUAUCUCAUAUCUAGAAGAAAUACCAAUCAGCAAUACCAAUGAAAUUGAAUAUUACUCUUGUUUAACUAGUGGAUAUUCUCAGAUGGACUUGACAACUGGUUUAAGAAAACCAAUUUUUAGAGUGAAAUUAUCUGGUAACCCAAUAUUAGGCGACGGUAAAUCUGAUAACCAAAACCAUUCAAUUAUUUUCUACCGUGGUGAGUAUAUUGAAGUAGUUGAUGCUAACCAAGACAAUUAUUUAGAAGAAUGUUUAAAAAUUAGAUCUAUAUUAAGUGAAUUUGAGGAAUUAGAUUUAGAAUCUUCCAUGCCAUAUAUUCCCGGAAUAGAUCAUGAACCUGAUUCAGCACCUGUCGCGAUUGUCGGAGCUAGAGAAUAUAUAUUUUCAGAGAAUAUCGGUGUACUUGGUGAUAUUGCAGCUGGUAAAGAACAAACUUUUGGAACUUUAUUUGCUAGAACUUUAGCCGAAAUUGGAGGAAAACUUCAUUACGGUCAUCCCGAUUUCAUCAAUGCGAUAUAUAUGACAACAAGAGGUGGUCUUUCAAAGGCUCAAAAAGGUUUACAUUUAAAUGAAGAUAUUUAUUCUGGAAUGAAUGCACUAUGCAGAGGAGGUAGGAUCAAACAUAGUGAUUAUUAUCAGUGCGGUAAGGGAAGGGAUUUAGGAUUUGGAUCGAUUUUAAAUUUUACAACUAAAAUUGGAGCGGGUAUGGGUGAGCAAUUGUUAUCGAGAGAAUAUUAUUAUUUGGGGACACAAUUACCAAUUGAUAGAUUUUUGUCAUUUUUUUAUGCACACCCUGGGUUUCAUUUGAACAAUCUUUUUAUUUCGAUUUCAGUUCAACUAUUUUUUUUACUGCUUAUCAAUUUAGGUGCUCUUAAUAAUGAAAUUAUUCUUUGCAAUUACAAUAAAGAUGCACCCAUUACUGAUCUCGAAAAGCCAAUAGGUUGUUACAAUUUACAACCUGCAUUGAAUUGGGUUUCCAUUUUUGUUCUUUCUAUUUUUAUUGUUUUUUUUAUAGCUUUUGCACCUUUAUUAAUUUUGGAAUUAUUAGAAAAAGGAGUAUGGAAGACAGUAUCAAGAUUUUUACAUCAUCUGUUUUCUUUAGCACCUCUAUUUGAAGUAUUUGUUUGUCAAGUAUAUUCUAAUGCGUUAGCUACUAAUAUCACAUUUGGGGGAGCAAAAUAUAUUUCUACCGGUAGAUCGUUUGCAAUAUCAAGAAUUAGCUUUUCUACAUUAUAUUCACGGUUUGUUGUCGUAUCGAUUUAUUCUGGAUUUCAGGUAUUUAUGAUGCUUGUAUUCGGUUGUUUGACAAUGUGGCAACCUUCAUUACUAUGGUUUUGGAUUACCGUAAUAUCGAUGUGUUUUGCGCCAUUCAUUUUUAACCCACAUCAAUUUUCAAUAUCAGAAUUUUUCCUUGAUUACAAAAAUUAUAUCCAUUGGUUGUCAUCAGGUAAUAUUCGUUAUAAAGAGGAAUCCUGGGCAACUUUUGUUAAACAAUCUAGAAUUAAAUAUACCGGCUACAAAAAGAAGAUGAUUCAGGAUGAAUCAGAAAGGUACCAACCAGAUACCAAGAAAUCGAAGCUAAGGGAUAUCUAUGCCUUUGAAUUAUUAAUUCCCCUCUUUGUUUUGGCUAUCAAUCUCACUGCAUAUAUGUUUAUAAAUUCUCAAAAUGGUGUUAGUGAUGUUAAACCAACAAAUUCGAUUGUGCGUCUACUAAUCGUCACUUUUUUUCCAAUAGUUUUAAAUGUAAUUAUAUUGAUACUAUUAUUUGGUAUUUCAUUUUUUUUGAUUCCAAUUGCGUCGCUGGUGUGUACUAGAGUGGGAAAUGUUAUGGCGAUGACGGCCCAUGGAAUGUCAGUGGUUUUUUAUUUAAUAAAUUUCGAACUAAUCUGUCUUUUAGAGGGAUUUAAUAUUAGUAGAAGUUUGAUAUUAUUAGUGACUUCCCUAAACCUGACAAUAUUUAUUUUUAAGAUGAUUACCAUAUUUCUUCUUUCUCGCGAGUAUAAGAAUAACAAAUCAAGUAUAGCAUGGUGGACCGGCAAAUGGUACGGAACAGGCAUCGGCUGGUGGAUAUUCCUUCAGCCCACCAGGGAAUUCGUCGUUAAGAUAAUGGAAUCUACUUACUUUGCAGCAGAUUUUUAUCUAGGACAUCUUUUACUAUAUUUACAAACUCCGAUUUUAUUUAUACCAUUUAUCGAUUACUGGCAUUCAAUGAUAUUAUUUUGGCUGACGCCAGGCUACCUAAUAUCUAAUAAAAUUUUCUUAAAUACUAAAGAGACCAAAAUUAGAAAAGCCAUAAUUAGAAAAUAUUUCCUACUCUAUUUUCUAUUAUUUGGAAUAUUAUUGUUAGCAAUUUUAGCGCCUAUAUUAAUUACAAAGAUAAUUCCUGAACAAGUUAGCGCUAUUACUAACACUUCUUUACCAAUCGGAGGAUUGAUACAACCGAACUUCCAAAACAAUAAUGAUACUGGCGAGAAUGCACCUUCAACCAUUCUCACUACAACUCCACCAAUGCCAACAUUUAAAACUGUCCCAUAA